AUGGAGAAUAUUACUGAUUUAACCGUAAACGAUGUUAAUAAUAAUGUUACCGAUAUUAUUCAAAUUUUUCUUUUUACAUUUAUUAUUAUCGUGUCCAAUAUCUAUAUAAUACUCGUUUUGAUUAAAAAAACUCUUCGAUCCGCUAAAUUUACUUGGCUUACUGUAAAUGUUUGUUUUGCAAGUGUAAUCUUUGCUAUUAUGCAAUUAUUAUCAAUAGGUAUUCGCUUAAAUAAUAUUCCAGAAACAUCAGUAUCAUGUCACUCAAAAGGAUUUAUCGUUGAUAUGUCUACUUGUCAUAUUAUGUAUUCACAUUGUAUUUGUUCGCUAUGUCGUUUAUUUUCAAUAAAAUAUCCACAUAAACCAUUCUUUAAAUCUAGUCGAUGGUUAUUAAUUAAUAUUGGUAUGAGUUGGUUUAUUGGAAUAUUUAUGGCAUUACCUCUUCUAUUCUUUGAUAAUUUUACAUGUUCAGGUAAUUAUGGCAAAAGAUUUCUUCAAAUAUAUACAUCAUUUUCAACUAUUCUUAUACCUGUUAUUAUUGUUGCUAUAUGUAAUAUUGCAAUUUUUCGUUAUGUACGACAAUCAACUAAACGUAUUCGUAGUAUCAGUGAAAAUCAAACUAACACAAAUCAACUCAGUCAACGAGAUAGAAGGUUAUGUAACAUAAUGUUAUUGACAUUUUGUGUAUUUGUUAUAGGUUGGAUACCACUCUUUAUUGAACAAGUAUUUUUUACUGGUGGAAAUCGUUUAAAUUCAGGUUUAAUAAUAACUUUUCAAAUUCUACCACCAAUCUGUCUAUUAGCAGAUGUUAUUGUUAUUGUUUACUCAGAUCAGCCAGUUCGUAAUGUAUUUUUAAAUGUAUUUAAACGUCAUUGA